CGCUGGUUCGAACCAGCAUUAUAUACGUUCUUGUUUCAACCCAAUAUAAACAACCUGUCACACAGCACGGAAGGCGUUCCCGGCCCGUCUAUGCACUAGAGAAGCAUUUGGCACUUCCAUGGCAGAAGCCGUCGAGAACCAGCAACUUUUUGAGAGGCGGGAUGCCCUUGCGCACACUGAAACCGUGGCUGCGAACAAGGACCCCCGUUUGCAUUUUAGACUUAGUAUUUUCUUAACGUCCGGAGUUCGACUGCCGACAUUUACAACAAUAACAGGCACAUAUUUCAUGGGACGAAAACUGUCCUGUACCACAGACGGGGCUCUUCAUACAUUCUUCCCCCCUGUUCUUGCAUUGUUUCCGUCUGAUAUUCUUUGGGAGUUUUUUUUUCUUCUUUCUUUUUUUCUUUUUCAUCCGCUUUCUUCCCUGCCAGUGCCACCCACACAGAUCUUGUACCACCGUGGCGUGCUUUUUGCGGUUGGCUCAAGGAUCAGACGAAUAAACAAAACAAUUCGCGACCCCCUCUCUCUGUUUCUUCCC